UCCACCAGAGACCGGGAGCGGGUUGCCUGAUGUGUUUGGCGCGGUCUCUGACCGGCCUCACCUUUUGUGCCUGCUACCUGGCUUCUUACCUCACGAACAAGUAUGUGCUGUCUGUCUUGAAAUUUACCUAUCCUACGUUAUUCCAAGGGUGGCAGACAUUGGUUGGUGGACUUCUGCUUCACAUAUCAUGGAGACUGGGCUGGGUGGAGAUCAGCAGCAAUUCAAGAUCUGAAGUUCUGACCUGGCUUCCCGCUUCACUGCUGUUUGUGGGUAUGAUCUAUGCUGGUUCUCGAGCAUUGUCUAGACUGACCAUCCCUGUGUUUCUCACUCUGCAUAAUGUAGCUGAAGUUAUCAUCUGUGGAUACCAGAAGUGUUUUCUGAAAGAGAAAACUUCUCCUGUGAAGAUCUGUAGUGCCCUCUUUCUCCUGGCUGCAGCAGGUUGUCUUCCCUUCAAUGACUCCCAGUUUGAUCCAGAUGGAUAUUUUUGGGCUAUAAUUCAUGUAUUCUGUGUAGGAUUUUAUAAGAUUUUGCAGAAGUCCCAGAAGCCCAACCUGCUAAGUGACAUUGACCAACAGUACUUGAACUACAUAUUCAGUGUGGUGCUGCUCAGCUGUGCAUCUCAUCCCACAGGUGACCUCUUCAGUGUCCUGGAGUUUCCGUUCCUGUAUUUCUACAGAUUCCACAGCAGCUGUUGUGCCAGUGGAUUUUUAGGAUUCUUUCUCAUGUUCAGCACCAUGAAGCUCAGAAGCACCCUGGCCCCAGGGCAGUGUGCAGCCUGGAUAUUUUUUGCCAAGGCCGACCACAGGGGCUUUAUCUUACCUUUAUCUUACCUGGGACUGCUGGAUGCUGUCAUCGCCCAGGCUGCAGAUGAGGAAACCAGGCCUGAGUAG